AUGCGUCAUCUGUUUGAUACCAGUAUCUGCGGGACACGCCCUGCCUAUACCCUCGGCCAAUCCAGGAUUGUUGGUGGUAUCAAUGCACGCCCAGGGGAAUUCCCUUGGAUUGGAUCUUUGAGGGAAAAUGAUGGCUCCGAUAGAGGUACUUUCUUCUGCGGCGCUACUUUGAUUACCUCACAAUGGGUGCUCACGGCUGCCCAUUGCGUAACAUACUACGUCGAUCGGGUGAUCUUCGGAAACCUUCGGCUGUCAGGUGAGUCCGAGUACGAAGUGAAUGCCGAAGUGGCCGAUAUCAUCAUCCAUCCCGACUACGACGGCGAGACCAUCGACGCGGACAUCGCUCUACUGCGUCUAACUGAGCCCGUGUCUUUCAGUGAUUACGUUAGGCCAGCAUGUCUAGCCUCAUCGUCAAAUGAACUGAGUGAUUAUCGUCGAUGCCUCGUCGCUGGUUGGGGCACUAUCUCUGAAGGGGGAGAUAUUGCGGAGACCUUACAGAAAGCGGUGGUAAAUCUUCUGGACCAAGAAUGGUGCGAUUCCGACAGUUCUUACAACGGCACGCUGACGGAUAACAUGUUAUGCGCUGGGUAUGAACGGGGAACGAUCGAUACCUGUCAGGGCGACAGCGGUGGGCCUUUGACCUGUGAAGGUGAUGAUGGUCGAUGGCAUCUGGUCGGAGCAACAAGCUUUGGAUAUGGAUGCGCCAGACCACUCUUCCCGACUGUCUUUACCCGAAUCUCACAGUUCCAGCCAUUUAUUACAGCUGUGGUUUUGGGUGCAUACUCACCGGGGAUCUACGAAAUCGACCUUGACGACGGCGUUCCCACAUCCAUCGCGUCGCCGAACUACCCGAUGAACUACGACACCGAUGACGUCAUCGUCUGGAAGAUAUCGGCCCCGGUCGGCCGCAGCGUAAGACUGGACGUCGUUGAAUUUUUCCUUGAGACCAACUACGAUUAUCUGUACGUGGGCAGUGGACCGUUUCCGCAAAGUUCUACCGAGUUGGCGAUAAUGACGGGUUAUGUCGUCAGCAGGUCUGUGACGUCACACGGACGUCACAUGUGGAUGAAGUUUGUCAGUGAUGAGUCAUAUACUGACGCUGGGUUUGAGGUGGAACUGAAUUCCGUGGAUCCAAGAGAUGAUAAUCCAGUCAUAUUCGUCGAGGCCUACAUGCCUACUAACACGGUACAGAUCUCUUCCCCUAAUUACCCUGCAAACUACCCUGCCAACUUUUACAACAUCUGGCGAAUCGUUGCCCCGGCUAAUUACACAGUCUUGGCCCUGAUCCUUGAUGUUGAUCUCGGAUCCGGGGAUGAUACACUGAUCGAGAUCGGCCGCGGGACCAGUCCUCAUACGGGCACGAUCCUGCAAACGUUAACAGCUGAUGACUAUAUUUUGGGGAUCGUCUCGUCACCGAACAACGCCCUCUGGAUAAGGUUCCAAACAGGGAAUCAACCAAGCGGAAGGGGUUUCGUCAUGCAAGCAGUCGCUGAACGAUUAGCAGAUGUAAAUGAAUGCGAGAGAGAUCCUUGUCGAAAUGGAGGCAGUUGCACGGAUCUCAUAGAUGGUUUCCAAUGUAGUUGCCUGGAUGGAUACAAGGGAAAACAUUGCACUCAAGAUAACAAUGAAUGUCGGUUCGAGAACCCCUGCUACAAUGGAGGAACCUGUUCUAAUGAAUUCAGAAAUUUCUCUUGUGAUUGCCCGGAAGGAUACAUGGGAUUGCUGUGUGAGAUUAACGUUGAAAAAGAUAUGUAA